UGUUAACUUUUUUGUGUAUUCUAUUAAAAAACCAAAAAUAAUAGAUUAUGGUAGCAUUACUCAUUGUUGUAGUAUUACGCCUGACCUAGUUCGGAAUGAGUCACGUCUUAAUCACUAGACACAAGGUUAUGUUGAUAUACAAUUCAUUAUGCAAAGAAGUGACAUAAAAAAUGAGUAAACAUACGUUUGAUUAUGGUAUUCUAGUGCAAAAUGCGCUAGUAAAAGACUUACAGAAUAAACCUCAAAAUCAACGUACAGCCUUGUUGGGGUUAAUUGUUAAAAUAGAAGGUGUGCUCGGAAACAAAACGUUUGCAAUUCGUUUCCUUAAAAGCGACAAUUCGGAACAUUGGGAGAGUAACAAGUUUUGUUGUGACCAAAGUAUAAUAGUACCUGUAAAUGAAAACUUGUGGCCCUAUUUAGCAUCUGUCAGCUCGCCACAAGAGAGAGUUUUACUGGCAAAGAACCCAAAUCGCUGCGAGCAGUUGAUGCAAACACCUAUCAAUGGUGUUGUGGGCUUUUUGGAUUUUGGACAGGUUUUACUUGGCACAAUUAAGUUUAAAGGGAACAUUAAAGGAAUAGGUAAAGGUUUUGGAAUUCAGCUCUACGAAAAGAAAAUUAAUAACAACUGCAACGGUACGUGUGCAGGAAUACAGUAUUUUGAAUGCCUUCCGGGUUUUGGAAUUUUUACGACUAUUGAGAGAAUUGUUCCAAGAAAUGUGGAAUGUGCAACAGUGAAGUCUGCGAGAAAGUUAUCCGCAACACUUCUGGAUAAUUUUACAGAAAAGAAUGUAGCCGAUAUCAGUAUUAAUUUAAAGGAGUGCGAUGCUCAGAAAAAGAAUCACAUCUCGGAAUCAAAAUUUAAAAAUGAUACUCAAACGCAAAAUAGAUUUCGAACAUCACAUUCUAUGCAAAACAUCCUGGACCCAAAAUCCACAAGCACGAAUGCCAAUAACGAUUUUGAUCAGAAUACAAUAAUUCAGCCGGACAAUACCAACUUGAUACAUGAGGGAGGCAGCAACAAAAUUGAUAUGCAUAGGACAGAGAUUGAUCUCAUAGACGCUAUCGGCGGAACGUGGUCUGAUACUUUGAAUCAUAAAGAGUUGGAGAGGCCUCAUCUCAAAAAGCCGUACGAGAAGACGUCUCGAAGCGAGUUUUACGUACCCUGUGAUACAACGCAUAGCGCACUCAAUGUCACACCGACAAAGCCGAGGAAUAAAAGUAUUAAUCCGGUUUCGCAUUUAAUAAAUGGUAGCAAAACGGUUCCCAGAAAGGUGAAGUUCUUUCAGGAGCCCGAGAAAACUGUAAAUAAAUCUGCAAUAGGAAGUAAAAAUGGGGAAGUCGAUAUCAAAUUGAACCGAAGCAAUCCCGAUGUGAAAGCUUCUCCCACGGUACCAAUUCACUAUAAUUCGCCGACACCGGGUACAACGAACGACUUGACUGUCGGAAGUUUGGUGGAAAUUAUUAAUACUCUGUCACCGGACCCGUUGUAUGGCGUUAUCCGAUGGUUGGGAAUUGAGCCCAACAGUUCGGAGGUGUUGGUGGGAGUGGAAUUGGAAGAAGAACAAAUUCAUCUACCCCUAAAGUUAGCGGAUGGUACCCACAAUGGACAAAGACUCUUUGAGUGCGCCGAGAAUAGAUCAAUUUUCGUUCCUUUAAAUCAGUGUCACAAAGAUCCGCGCUUCGCAGAACGAACGCAAGUACAAACUCAGCAUGUCCCGGAGAAAGUGUUUGGAGUCGAGGUCGAUUGUCCUAUUGUUAAGGGAGCGGUUGCGCCAUUAUGUAUGCCGACUGAGGAAGACGUCGAAGCAGUCUGCGGUAAAUUCAGAGGCAUCCAAGGACAUCAUAAUUCCUGCUACCUAGACGCCACUUUAUUUGCAAUGUUCACAUUUACGGCGGUCUUUGACAGCCUAUUAUUCAGGCCGAAAGGCCCCGGUGAUAUACCGUACUACGAAGAGGUGCAACAGGUCCUACGGGAAGAAAUCGUAAAUCCGCUCAGAACAAAUUUGUUUGUUAGAGCUGAUCGGGUUAUGAACCUUCGCAAAUUACUAGAUCAAUUUAGUUCCGUAUCCGGACUGACUAGUGAGGAAAAGGAUCCGGAGGAAUUUUUAAAUUCGUUAUUAGCGCAAAUUUUGAAAGCUGAGCCUUUUUUAAAGCUGAAUUCCGGUCAAGAAACCUACCAUUAUCAGUUGUUUGUGGAGAAAGAUGACGGUUUGACAUUGCCAACCGUUCAGCAGCUGUUUGAGCAAAGUUUUUUAACCAGUGAUAUUAAAUUAAAGGAAGUUCCGUCGUGUCUUAUAAUCCAAAUGCCAAGAUUUGGAAAGAAUUUUAAAAUGUAUCCCCGCAUAUUACCCUCACAAGUUCUCGAUGUAACGGACGUGAUCGAAAAUUCUCCUCGUCAGUGUACAGUGUGCGGUAAGGUGGCAAAGUGGGAGUGUAAGGAAUGUUUCGGAGAGUGCGGUGAGGGAUUGGAGAGCACCGCAUUUUGCACUCUUUGUAUAGAAAAGGUUCAUUCCCAUAGUCGUCGCCAGUCACAUUCACCAAAGAAGAUAUCAGUAUUACCAGACUUUUCUAUUAUGGCCGAUCAUUGUCAACCUCCUCGAUUGUUUAUGGAGUUGUUUGCAGUUAUUUGUAUUGAAACUUCACAUUAUGUCGCGUUUGUUAAGUGUGGAGUCGGACAUGAAGCGCCAUGGUGUUUUUUUGAUUCAAUGGCCGAUCGAAAAGGUGAGCAGAAUGGCUAUAAUAUUCCCGAAAUGGUCGCAUGUCCAGAUGUAUCGAAAUGGUUAUCUGAUGAACAAUCCUGCAGGGCGCUGCACGAAAGUGCUCCCCUAGAUCGAUACUUACCCGAACAUGCACGUCGCCUGUUAUGCGACGCAUUUAUCUGCAUGUAUCAAAGUCCGGAUGUUAUGAUGUAUAGAUAAAAUAUUUUUGACGAAAUGUUCUUUAAGGAAGCGUAUUAAACUUUUCAAAUUUAUGUAUUACUAGAUACGGUGUUGUAUAAAAUAAAGUUAAUUUAUUAUU